GGCGGGAAAACAGCCUAUCUCCGACAGUUUUAUGUUAUUUCUUGAUCGAUCAAGGCUGUCCGUUGUUUUUAUCAGGAAAAUCAGUUUUUUCGACUCGAUUGUUUACUCCAAAUGUCAACAUGAAUGAGAGAUGCAGACCUGUUUCUCGAGCCAUGCAGAUGGUUCUCAUGGCGAAAAACACUCCUCUAGGAGAUAAUACAGUUCAGAAUACGGAUAUGGAUUUAACCAUAGAUAACCACGUAGAACUCGGUGUUGACACAACUGUUUCGUUAGAAACAAGCAAUAUUUCUGAUACGAGUCGACUGAUUCUAGAAAAUGACAUUUCAGCAUUGUGCGUAAUGUCUGACGAGCAGAUUUUAGAAAUUGUCGAUGAAAAUCUUCAGAUUUUGGAGGAAGAAAUCAGUAAUGCGGCAGAAAAAUCUAACGCUUUUGAGGUACGAAAAGAAGACGAUAAUGAGCAGGAAAUUGAAAGUCACCUGAACACAGUGGAAAAUAAUAUGGAAAUAAUCGCGAAAACUACAGAAAAUCCCAACACGAUCAGUGAAAUAACAGUAAGAAGAAGAUCAAACGUUAAAAAUUAUCUGAGGGACUGGGAUCAGAAGAUUAACCAGAGGAAGAGGGAAAAGGGAGUGCAGUAUAAAGGCAAAAAGAAACAACCAGAAGGUUGGACAUAUGACCGACCGAGGCCCAGUAGGUUUUUAGCUGAUCCAUGUCACUGCAAGAGGGGAAAGAAGGGGGAAACAAAGUUUAAAUGUAGUACCAUUGGGGAAGAGCGAAGGCGAAAGAUUUUUAAUACAUUUUGGAAUAAAAUGUCCUGGACUGAGAAAAAAAUGUUUGUGAAAGGUUUCGUGAAGAUCGAUAAAGUUAAGAGAAGACGGGGAACCAAUGAUAUUUCCCGUAGAAAUUAUUCGAUGACAUAUACUUUGAAAAACGGUCUAGAGGAUGUUAUGGUUUGCAAGAAUAUGUUUGUCGCUACCUUAGGACUGAAGGGAAGAACUGUGGUUGAGUGGGUUAAGGAACAUUUAGAAAACAUAGAAAGUACUGAGAUAACAGAAGGUCCACCGAUAAACAGAAUAGGCAUCGUUAAACAGGCUAAACUGGAAUCAUCUAAUACUGGAGUUUUACAGUUUUUCGGCAGUCUUGCAAAGAUGGAAAGUCAUUACUGCAGAGCAACCAGUAAGAAAGUAUAUCUGGAGCCGCUGUGGAUUUCAAAAGCGUCUCUUUACAAAUUUUAUAAGUCUAAGUACUCCAUAGAGAAUAAGGUACAACCAGUUUCACAGGCAAAGUUUGAUACAACACUUAAAGAACCUAAUCUUUCGCUUUUUUGUCCAAAAAAGGAUGAGUGCGAUGUUUGUGUCGGUUACCGCACAUCUAAUGUUAAUGCAGAAAACUAUAAGCUACAUCAAGAAUUAAAAGAAGAAGCUAGGGCAGAAAAGGCCGCAGAUAAGCUAUCCAGCGAUGCAGUUGUGUUUGCUGUAGAUUUACAAUCUGUUCUACUGAGCCCAAAAACCAAUGUGUCAAAUAUGUACUACAAAACUAAACUUAUCGUGCAUAAUUAUACAAUUUAUAACUUAAAAACCAAAGAGGUUUACUGCUAUCUAUGGAAUGAGGCUGAAGGACAGCUGACCUCAAACGAAUUCUCUUCAAUUCUUGUACAUUUUCUAGAAACAGAGGAGGAGAGGCCCUUUGGUCCAGCUCCAGAUGUAACAAGAAGAUUAGGAGCAUCAACUACCAACUUAGGAAAACCAGAACUGCACGGCUCGCCACCUUAUUAUAGAUCUAAUACCUCAGCAGGCAGUUCUAGUAGCAACUCUACAUCAUCAAGUGAGUAA